UGUGGGUUUAUUUUCAUAUACACCGGUAGCAUUUUAACCGAAAGAAGGCAACUUUAUUACUACCAAGAAGCAGGAGUCGGGUGUAGUUGUCCGGAGUUCACAAGUCACUGGAUAUACUGGACACUGCAGGUGGAAAUGUUGAAAAAGUAGGUGGAAGCUUUAGAUACAUGCUGAGGCCCAUUCCAGGAAGAUAAAGAUCGAUUAAUAUAUUGACUCCGACUUCUAAGAAGUGACUUCUUUUCAGACUCUUAAUCUUCAGUUGGUUCAGUGACAGUGACAUGCGAGCAUUGAUACACACCUUACUGCAGAAUUUUGCCGUUAUUUUCAUUCAAUGUGCCACACUAACUAAAUGUCCCAGAAGUAAAGAUUCAUAACGAGGCCAUGGUCAGCCUCUGUCAACAGACCAAGAGAUGGGCUUUCUAUGGAACCAUUUGCAGAUAAUCACCAUUCUGUAAUACGUCGUAGCCACUACAAUUAAGUUAUAUUCACACCAAUAUACAAAGACGUUUCCAGUCUAUCAAUAUGGAAACCCUAAAAUGUAAUUGCUGAACCCAGCUCUUUGUAAACAAUACUUCACAAGAUGUCCAUGUUCAACACUUAGCAGAAGACCAAAGCCAUCAGUCUUCUAUGGAUCCAGGCAGUGAGUCUCAAAAAGACCAUGGUCAGCGGCCAUCAGUAGACCAAAGUGAUCAGCCUUCUAUGGAACCAGGCAGUCAGUCUCAAGAAGAUCCUGGUCAACACUCAUUAGUAGACCAAAGCGAUCAGCCUUCUAUAGAUCACACAGUCGGUUUCAAGAAGAUCCCGGUCAGGGCCCAUCAGUAGUACAAAACCAACAACCUUCUAUAGAUACACAGUCGGUCCCAAGAAGACCAUGGUCAGCAGCCUUCAGUAGAUCAAAGCCAUCAGCCUUCUAUGGAUCCAGGCAGUGAGUCUCAAAAAGACCAUGGUCAGCGGCCAUCAGUAGACCAAAGUGAUCAGCCUUCUAUGGAACCAGGCAGUCAGUCUCAAGAAGAUCCUGGUCAACACUCAUUAGUAGACCAAAGCGAUCAGCCUUCUAUAGAUCACACAGUCGGUCUCAAGAAGAUCCUGGUCAGCAGCCUUUAGUAGAUCAAAGCCAUCAGCCUUCUAUGGAUCCAGGCAGUCCGUCUCAAGAAGAUCCUGGUCAGGGGCCAUCAGUAGACCAAAGCCAACAGCCUUCUAUAGAUCCAUACAGUUGGUCUCAAGAAGACGAUGGUGAGCAGCCUUCUAUAGACCUAUGCAGUCAUUCCCAAGAACAUCCUGGUCAAAAUGUAUCAUUAGACCAAAGCGAUCAGCCUUCUAUAGAUCCACACAGUCGGUCUAAAGAAGAUCCUGAUCAACACUCAUUAGUAGACCAAAGCCAUCAGCCGUCUAUGGAUCCAGGCAGUCAGUCUCAAGAAGAUCCUUGUCAACACUCAUCAGUAGACCAAAGCUAUCAGCCUUCUAUAGAUCCACACAGUCAGUCCCAAGAAAACCAUGGUCAGCAGCCAUCAGUAGACCAAAGCCAUCAGCCUUCUGUAGAUCCACACAGUCAGUCCCAAGAAAACCAUGGUCAGCAGCCAUCAGUAGAUCAAAGCCAUCAGUCUUCUACGGAUCCAGGCAGUCCGUCUCAAGAAGAUCCCAGUCAGAGGCCAUCAGUAGACCAUAGCCAUCAGCCUUCUGUGGACCCAUGCAGUCAGUCUUCAGUAGACCAAAGCCAUCAGCCUUCCAUCGAUGCACACACUGCCCUUCACGAAGGAGAUCGUGUACAAGGUCGUGCUAAUCCGAAUACCUUACCUGGACCAGAAAUUACAGUCCAACGUACGUCCGAAGAAUAUCAAUAUGAUGCCGUCUUGGAAUUUGCAGAAGAAGAUGAAGAUCUGGCAAUGGAAAUACAAAGUGAGAUGAAUCAUACUAUUGUGGUGGGUAAUCGGAAAGCAAGAGUGUGUUUGCGUAACCAUCCUCAGUUUGGAGGAUCCACUAUUGACAGACCAACGAUCAUGAGAGAGAAGUGCAGGUAUAUGUUUCUUAUACUCACUAGGAACACAGAAUCGGAUAAUCGCACCUGUUAUGUCAAAAGUGAAGCCCUGGGGAGCACGCUUCUGUCAUCUAAAUGCCAACAUUUUGUUAUACCACUACAUACCAAGCCUACGAAGGAACGUAAAUAUGAUAUACCUGUUGGACUGGCACAUGUUCAAGCAUAUGAAUGGUUUCUGCCUUUGGAUCGGUGCCAAAGAAAGAUUCAAGAACUAUUUAAUCAUCAUGCAGAAACUGAGGAACACCAGGUCAGGGCUUAUUCAACAAGACAGGGCACGAUGAACAGGAACAUUAUGCGUCAGUGCAGUAGGGAAGCAACGGGCACACGCAACAAAGAAAAUACCAAUACAUUAGGGGACAAAUCAACACCUGCCCGAGACACAGACGUGUCACCUGAUUUGAGGAGGAUCAUUCAUCAGACAAACAUGAUUCUUCAAGACUGGGAAGAGAAACUUUUCUACAAGACAAAAACUACCAGAGAAGCAAAGGAUGUACUGAUGACCAAAGGCUCUCUUUUCCUCGUAGGACGAUCAGGAGAUGGAAAAACGUCAACGGUUUAUCACAUACUUACAGAGUUCAGGAAAGAUAAAUCCACUUAUCAACCAUAUAUUGUCUAUGAACCUGAAGACAUGAAACAUAUACCUCCAGCUAAUUCCAUUGUCUUUGUAGAUGACAUACUUGGCCGUUCUAGUUUUUCUUUUGCUCUUUUAGAGAAAUGGAAAUUAUAUUUCCGCCCACUGGUUGCCUACGUUAAAGCAGGACAUAUGUAUUUUAUUUCUACUUCUCCAAACUUUGUCAGAGAUGAAUGCCUAAGUUUUUUUGAUGACAUCCCACUGUUGAGUAAUGUCAUUGAUACCACUUCGAACGAGAACAGCUUGAGGGCAUAUGAAAAGGAAGCCAUGCUCACAGAGUAUUUGGACAGAUAUAAAGUCUGCAUGGAAAUCCAGGAAAGGAGUGCUGCUCUUAAGGGAGGCCUGAUAAUUGGCUUCCCUCAAUGUUGUCAGUACUUUGUUACAAAUCAAGAUGCUCAACGGGCUGGCCAUAAGUUCUUUUUGCAUCCCUUUGAAAUCUUAAGAUCCCAAAUAACCAAACUGAAAGAAACUGAUAGAAUUGCAUAUAUGGUUCUUGUGCUGAUAUUAUUCAACAACGGUGGUAUAUCAUCUAGAUAUCUAGAUCCUUAUUGCACAGACAACCCUCCAGCUCUUCUUACAGUCAUUGAGGCCUGUGGUAUACCAAAAGACACCCCCAAAAUAGAUAUUAAAUCAGCUGUGAUCAAGUUGGUACGAAAGAAGUACCUCGUGUACAACAAACAAGAAGGACUCCAUGUAUUUUCUCACCAGUCACUAUAUGAUGCAGUCUGUCGUGUAUUUGGAGAUGAAAGUGUAGAGAAGCUACUAGAAUUUGCACCUUCAAUGUUUCUGGUUGACUACACAUCAGUUUUCGACGACAGUCUCGAAAAUAGUGGAAUCAAAAUACAGAUUCUCAGGGAGCACCACAAGACCUUCAUCAAUAGGAUCAUACAAGACAUCCAGGUCAAUAAUUUCAAGCUUCUUGAGCACAGUGCGUUUAAAAGAAAGGAUUUUGUUGGUGAGUUAUUUGAAAAUAUAACAUGGAUAGAGUCUUUGCAGAAACUCCUCCUCAGUGAUGAGUCGGUGAAACAUUUGAUUAAUGAUCGAACAUUGUACUGCCUAACAGCAGCCAGCAAGUGUCAACCUCUUUUGUUACAGUUGGUCGGUCUCUUGGGUAGCACAGAUGGAGAGAAACAGAAGUUACUGUUGCAUGACAUUUUGGAGGGUUCUUGUUGUUCAGGAGACCUAGAGCUAUUUGAUGAGGUUGUGUCAAGAGACGUUACUCCCUGUAGUAACUGUGCUCUUGUCGCUGCUGAAAGUUCUGUUGACAAUCCAUACAUAAUGAGGCGUUUGCAGAAGAAAAUGCCACCUGAAUAUGAAACCAUGGAAACACUUGUUGACAUUUUGGUGGGGAAAAAAAGACUGCAAACACUAAGGCAUGUCUCACCACAUGUGAACUGGUCGCAUUUUAAAACACCCAAGAGGAAAAGGAAGUUGCUUCUGUCAGCUUGCUCUUCAGGCGAGUUUGGGAUGUUUCAGUUACUUACAGGCCCUACAUAUAUUGGGGAUGCUGAAAACAAACAUGAACUUUUGAUGACAGCAGUAGGUGGUGGAAGCAAAGAUAUCGUUGAGUAUCUGCUUACGAGGGAAAACAAAGAUCAGGUGGAUAAAAUGCACAGAUCAGUACUGCACCAUGCUUGUUUGAAAGGGUCUGCUGAUCUUUGCCAAUUCUUGUUAUCAAUGCAAGUGGAUAUGUCCAGAAUCGAUAAGAUUGGCGCGACUGCUUUUCAUUUGGCAUGUAAAAACAGGGAUAUAUCAUUUAUUGAACGUCUGUUAAGCAUAGGCUUCACAAUUACAGUGACCGACAUUCAAACAACAAAACGGCCUAUUCGGCUCUCACCUUUACAUAUGGCAUCCAGGAAUGACAAAGGAUGGCAGAUGGUACAAUUAUUGAUAGAGAAAGGACCUACAGAUGUUGACAUGUUAAACUUCCAGGAUAGUGAUGGAUUCACACCUAUGCACAUUGCAAGCCAACAACCUCAUGGAAGCAGCAUGAUUCAGGAGCUUAUGAAACAUAAAGCUAAUCUUUCACAACUAGACAGUCAUGGAAGGAUUCCUCUACACUGUGCAGCCAAGGAAUGUAUAUACAAAAACAUUGAAGUUUUGUUAGACAGCAGAGCAGAUGUAAAUGCUAAGGAUGCCAGCAGAAAGACACCUUUACAUUAUCUACUGGCAAAACAGAUUCAAAAUGAGGAUGAAAUUGAAUCUCAGUCAGAUUCUGUGAAACGUUUACUACAGAAUGGAGCCGAUGUAUGUUGCGAAGAUAAGGAUGGCAACUCUCCAAUCCAUGUUGCUGCAGCUUCUAUUUCCAAUACAAAGACUUUUCAGCAACUGUUGGCAAAGACAGGUGAUGUUCCCAAACUGAACAAUGCAGGACUUACACCACUCCAUUUGCUACUAAGACCAGAUACGCCAUUGGAAAAUGUGAAGUUGCUUGUUGAAACCUAUCCUUCCCUGCUCGGAUCUGAAACUAAAAAUGGAAAAUCUGUAUUGCAUGUUGCUUUUCAAAAUCAAAUAAGAUACAACAUCAUUCUGUAUUUGCUCCAAGAGAAAUGCUCCGACCAUACAGUAAACUGGGAACAUGUUGAUAUCAAGGAGGUAUUCUGUAGAUUUACUUCAGAACAAAUUGUUCAUAUUCUUCGAUAUGUGACGGAAUCAAUGCCCAGUUCAGUAAUGCCUAACAUGAUGCAUGUGCUGUGUGAGGCUGACAUGGCAGAUGAUAAAUGGACACAGGGAAUGAAAUUGUUGCACAGCAACACAGCAGAUCUUGAUCUUGAUGUGCAGGGCCCAAGGGGAUCAACGGCAUUACAUAAAGUUGCUGAUUCACCUGUGAAGAUGAACUAUCUUCUCAAGAAGAAAUGUGAUGUCAAUAUUCGUGAUCAAAAUGGAAACACACCACUUCAUAUUGCAGUUCAAAAAAGAAAUGCAAAAGGGGUGGAUAUUCUCCUUUCAUCAGGGGCAGAUGUUUCGGCUGUCAACAAAAGGAAAGAAACAGCAUUACUAAAAGCAGCAAAGAUAAUUUCAAAAUGUGUCAUACACUGGGAGCAAUACAUUGCCCUAUUAGAAUCAACUGACAUGUUGAUUAAUUUUUUGCAGUUUUAUGGUACUUUCUUUCACUUUGGGUUGAAAGACCAAGAAACUGAAAAGUGUAGUGAUGUGAACAUCAUUUCCAGAAUCAUAUCAUCACUCAUUGAACGCUCUUCCCCUGUUAAUGAACCUGAUAUAAAUGGAAACACAGCAGUUCACUACGCAGUAUGGGAUAUUAACAUCCUGGAACAGUUAGUAUCUGCAAAAGCAAAUCUAGAUCAGAAGAACUAUUCAGGAGUGUCUUGUCUCCAUGUUGCGUGUAUGUCAAAUGAGAACACAGAUGUCAUAAAUUACCUCCUUGACCAAGGUGUAUCUCUUUGUACUACCAGUGCUAAGCUAAACAUCACCCCGUUACAUGUUGGCUUAUUAUGCAAGAUGAACGAUCAUACUGUGCUUAAAAGGCUUUAUGAUUCCAUGGUUAAAUCCUCUCAAAGUAACUGUGAGGAUUUCCUUCCAUUUCUUCAUGUGUCAGCAUGCUGUUCUUCAAAAGACCUUGUACAACUGUUUAUUGAUCUAGAUAGAAACAAACUGCUCACACAGGACAAAUUUGGAUAUCUCCCCAUACACCACGCUGUGGCUGCUGGUGAUCUAGAGGUGGUCAUGCUACUCGCCGAAGCUAUGAAGACAGCCACACACAGAAGUGAAAAGGCAUGCCACUCUAGGACUGUAUCUACAAUGCAAAGUGGCCUGUUUUCUAAACGUGGUAGAAAUGCAUUGCCAAGCAGAACAAGGCCUACUGCAGUCAGAGGUCAGUUUGACAGAGGUAGACCUCCAUUGGGGAAGCGUUUUGACCAGACUACAAAAGGCAGAGGUCGGUCUUCACAGGUCGGGGGUCAAACAACUCAAGUCAAAGAAGAGCCUACACCAAUCACAGGCCAGUCAACACAUUUCGGACCUAAAACCACUGAUGGUAGGCCUACAUCUUCGAGGUGCAAGAAACAACAGAAAAUGAAAGGGCUGUCUGAAAAAGAGGAUAAUCAGUGUGCACAUGGUAAACCUAAAGACAUGGUGGAUAGUCGUGGGAUUCAAGUUCAGGAUCUGCAUGGUUUGGUGUGUAGACUGAAACCUAGAUGUGAUUUGAUUCUUGUUGCUGCCCAAUACAGCAAUGUUGAUGUUAUUGGUUUCUUAUUAAAGCAAGGAUGGAAUGUCAACCUGUGUGACAAGGAUGGCAAUACACCCCUCCAUGCUGCAGUGCAAUCAGUGAACUAUGAAAAUGCUGAAUAUUUGUUGAAAAAAGGGGCAGACGUUGAGUGCAUUAACAGAAAUGGACUCACUCCUUUGCAGAUUACAGUACAGAACACAUUUCCAAAGUUUUCAAUAAAUAUUAUCCGUCUGUUACUCAGCAAUGGGGCAUCUGUCGGUUCCUGUACAAAGCAUGACAGGCAGAACCUAUUACACAUAAUAUGCAAAGAUGAAUUGAUUUCCCAAAUUGCAAGUCAUGUAAAUAGGUUCAACUUGAGUGCAGGUGAUCUCAUUACCCAGAUGCUGAGUAUUCCAAGGUUGUUGAUACACAACGGCUGUCAUGUGAACGCCAUAGAUUCACAAGGUCAGACCCCACUCCACCUGGCUGCUGAAGCCAACAAUGCUUUGUAUGUUGACAUCCUACUUGAUAAUGAGGGAAACAUUGAUGCUCUAGACAGUCAAGGGAGGACACCCCUCCAGCUAGCAUUAGAAAAUUAUGGAAAGGUUGAUCUAAUACCUUUUUCUACAGCUUUGUGUCUGGUGGAGAGAAGUGCCAAUCCUCAUGCAAUUGUCCGCUGUGGUGUGACUCCACUGGAUAUUCUACUGGGUUUAGGGAAAGGCGAAAUCCUAAUGAACGAAGAGUUUAAACAGAUAUGCCAUCUGCUGGGCAUAUGGGAAGAAGUAAAGGAACAGGAGUGACAGCCUUACACUGUUCCAGCCUUGGAGAUUCAUCCUCCACAAACCAUGAAAGGUUUCAAAGCUUCACAUAAAAAUUACAGAUACACAGUGAAAAAAGUAAUUUAUAUAUGGCCGAAGUCAUAGGUCAUGUACUUUUGCAGCUUGAGUACAGAUCAUUUUGAACUUUUUCAGGGUACGUGCUCCAAAAUCUUGCCUUUGAAACUACUAGUCGAAAUAUUUCCAAACACUCAAUGAAUGGCCUCUGUACAACCUACAUCAAAGUUGUCUUUUAGCAUGUAUCUUUGAAAUAAAACUUGACUUUGGAAGGAUUUGCUGGUAACAACAUUCAUAGACCCUCGCAACAUCAUAUGGGUGAUUCGUGCAAAGUUUUAGCAUUGGACACGUUUUAGCCUUGUACACGGAACGCAUUUCUGAAAAUAUGGCAUAUGUUUCAGCUGAUCAAACCUGUGGACAGAUAUUUCAUCUCGGACAAUGCCUAAACAUUCAUCACUUUGACUGCAGGGGCGGGUACAAGGGAUUCCCCAGCCCGCCAAAGAGAGGAUUCUUUCUCGUGACGGAUUAUUUAAAAGGUUACCCAGCUGGCCCUUUUACCCCUGAAGAGUGUUGUGUUUCUGUGAAACGUUCUGGGCUUGAAAACAAAUUCUUGUGCUCAAACGGCCGAAAUUAGGCACUAAUUUGGGAGCCAAAUCAAUUUUAUUUCCUCUAAAUAUUCUUUGUUGAAAUGUAUGAUUUUUGACAGUUUGUAUGCAAAGACGUUAGAAGAGGUUGCAUAGAGGCCUGUAUCGCUGUUUUAACAGUUUUACCCGUCGGAACCAAGUCACAUCCAUCAUUGUGUACAUUCAAAUAUGAAAAUAGUUCCCACUUUACAAACAAACGGGACAUGUAAAAGAAAUGUUGUAGAACCUAUUCGAUACAUGAAAUCCAAACUGAUUACUGGUAUUCCAAACGUGUUGCAGUGGUAUUUGAUGAUAAGCAAAUCCAACAAUUUACAAAGUAUUGCAGUUGUUAGUGCUUAGUGUUGAAAUCAUCAACCAUUUUCAAACAUCUGUUAUAAGCGGUUUGUAAGCAUUCAGUGUGUGCCUUGAACUUUGGCUGGGUUGGUGAGUGUCCGUAGCGACCCAUGGCCCAGUAAGAUGUAGGGCUUAAUAUCUUUUGCAAUUGGGAUCGAUAACAUGCAUCAACCAAGUCAGCGAACCUGACCACCCGAUCCCGUUAGACGCUUUUUCCGAAAAGCAUGGUCGCCUUUUACGGCAAGCAUGGGUUGCUGAAGACCUAUUCACCCCGGAUCGUCACGGGUCUAGCUCAAUAUCUAAGUAGAUUUAUGGAUCUUGCAGAAAUAACUACUCAUUCCUACUAGCCCUGGAUUUAGUGUAAAUGUAAAUUCUGGCGUUGGGUACUGAUCAGUUUUUAGUCUCAACUUCAGGUAUUCAGGUUAAUAGUGGUGACCUAGUCGUGUAGGGUGUCGCAAUUAGCUGCGUAGAGUUGCGUUCCUUUUGCACGCCAAAAACUUGUGAUCGUGGGUUCGAAUCCUGGUUCGCUCCAAUUUUGUUUCGAGGUUUGUCAGCAUACCCAUGCUCGUGGGUUUCAACAAAGUGGUAAACGUCUGAGACCUGCAUCAUUUUGGGCUUUCCUUCCACGUGAAGCUGACACGCCAUGAUAUAACUGUAAAACUGUUCAAAGCGGCGUUAAAUCCAGCUCACUCACUCACUCAGUUAUAUAGUAACGAUGUGACAAUGCUGUUCAUUUCUUUUUUUUAACAUAUGUGUGUCCCCGUGUCGUAACCCAGCUGGGGUCCAGUGAUCUUAGCGCCUCCCUACUCAUCUCUGUCCAGCGGUCGGCCGCUCGGCUUCAGUUCUUGAACUUUGUGUUUGUUAGGCUAUCGCUAGGGUAUUUGUUGUCUGUAGAUUUUAUUCUCUAGCAUUUUAAUCUUAUGCUCUUAUCAUGUGUUGAUUUGGUAUCUGUUAUCUCAGAUGUAUGUGCAAGCGUAUUCACAUGUUGAAAGUGUUUUAGUGAUUUUCACUAAGAUUUUCAGGAAUUCGCGGGAUGAUCUAGUACUAUGUAAAUAUUUCUUAUGUAUUUAUAGCCUUAAUAAUUGUACAUAUCUGGCUGUAAAUGUUCAGUAGCACCUUAGGGUGGCUUAUGUUAACGUUCAGCCCCAUAUUUUGAUACUAAUUUAUCAAAUAUUGGUUUAGUUGUUAGUUUGAUAUUCGUGUUUACUGUACUUAACAAAGGACAAUUAUGUUCGCGGAGUGGCCGCUACUUGAUUGUACAUACAUUCUAUCGCACUACUUUUGUAAUUGAAUAUUUACGGAGUAUAAUUUCAUAUUUUUUUGCAAAUCCGUGGAAAGUCCUUCCCAUGAAUAAUAUUUACAGUUAUAUAUUAACAGUUAUCUGUUCUUGACAAAUAAUGAAAGUGCAUUUCAUAAUAUUUGAUCGUGUACUUAAUUUAGUAACAGAUUUUCCUAUGUUUGUUGUCAUCAUGUUAAACUGUAAUGCUCUAUUUGAUUGUACUUUUUUUUUCAUUUUCCUGUUUCUGUCAUGUAAUCAUAACACAAUGAAACGUGUGUUUAUUCAAGACUGCCAUGUACCUUUCAGAAGUUGUUUAGAAUCCAUUUGUCUUUUGACAAAAAGAUAUGUUUAAACUUCAUGUUAUAAAGUGGGCUGUUCUUCAGAUUGACCAAGAGCUCAUUCAAGACCCUUGAAAUAAUCCAACCAAAGACAUGAACCGAAACAAGGAAAGCACGAUUCAUUUUGAGCAAUAUGGGUUGCCUAGCAACCAUCUAUACAGGUUAUUGGUCACUGUGCCAUUACGUAUCUAAACACCAGCCUGAAGCUCGGGGUUUAUGUGGAAAUGUGUGAAAAUGACAAUGAAACAUUGCAACAUGUUAAAUUUGCCUUGACUCACCACAGAACUGAAACUCAUAACACUACACGGAUAUACAUAUUGUUCGAAAUUUUCACCAAGGUCAGACAAAUGACAAUGAGAUUUUUAAUAUUACAACUGACCUUCUUGCGUUUUAGUUACAUACAUUCUUUUCGUUACUCAUGUAAUUCGUGAUUUAUCUUUGCAUUUCACAGUAUGUCAAAUUACUUAUUCGAGUUUAGACAAAGCUAGUAUGUCUGAAUGAAUACUUAUGAAGCUAGUAUGUCUGAAUGAAUACUUAUGAUGUAAGUAGGGUUUUUUCUAUGCCGAUUGUAUUAUUCAAGUAUCCCUCAUCACCCUUAGUUGCAUCAUCAUCGAUGAUCCACUAUAUGUAUUCUCCUAAUUAUUACGAUAAAUUCCCUCGACACAUUCGCCAUAAUAGCUAUCGUCUCGAUCAAGAUUACUAAAGAAUGACUCUAGCUUAAUUGGUAGGCUACUUUUAGCGUCGUGUUAUCUUUAAAUAUUUUGUUUCUUUGUUGUUUAAUAUUAAUAUUGCUGAGUGCGGCGUUUAACAAUAAGCCACCCAACCAACGACGAGCAUAGUCGCCUUAGCGUUAAACAAUUCCAUGGUAGUGAAUGAUUCCAGGGUAUUUAUCAUAAUAGAAUGAUCUUAACAUACUUUAUGGAAUACGUUAUUGUAUACAUGUAAAUUCUUCAUCAUUUCAAAGAGACUGUGUCAGUCUGAUUUUUUAUUGCCUGGUUUCAGCAUAACAAUUCCAUAGUAUAGGCAAUGACCCCUGCGUGAAUCAACUAUCUUUCGUAGUAUACCGGCUACUGUGUUUUAGUAGCAUGUUCGUUAUUUGUAAAAUUCUAAAAGAACGAUAAUGUGCACUCUCAUCCAAAACACCCACAUUGAAAUUGUGAUGCUGGAAACUGGUUUAAUUGUUUGCUUUACCCAUCAUUUAAAACGUUGAAUACAUCCAACCAGGUGAGCUUCAGUGCCGUUUUGCUAGCUUUCAUGUUAACAUUGGUUCGCCAACAUAUUAUGUAUAUUAUAGUUGACACUUAACUUGAUUUUUGUGUGUUAUGGUAACGGUGCAAGGGAAGUGCACGGCAUAUGUUUAUCAAACAAAUAAGCGAUGAAACUGCUUUAAAACAAAUUCCAUUGGUCCCUGAAUGGCAAACAGCUUGGGAUGGGAUCAUAGUUUAACAAAGUUAUUAAAAGAACCAACGUGAAAUAUUCAGCGAUUUUAAUUUGAUAUAACAUCAUCUGACAACAUUAGGAUUGAUAAUCUAACAUCCUCUACGAUAGUCCACCGAGUAAUUCGUUUAGUCAUAACAGUAUAAGUUUCAUCAUUACAAAUUCAUACACUGUAGGAAAUGUGUUUAGACCCUAAAAACAAACCUAAACGCGUAUAAGAGUAUAACAGCUAUACGUGUCUAGACUUGUGUCCCAGUAUUUCCCAGGGUAUGGUAUAUUCACAAGGUCUCUUGAAUGCGCUAAUAUAUCCAGAAAAUGAAAUAGAGAAAAGCAAGUCACCAUCAAGUGUACCCUUCUCUCUGGUUGUGCCCGAGGUAUUCAACAAACAUUGUGUCUAUAAUGAUUAUACAUCUGUAGCUAAUAAACGUAGGGCAUUAAAACUUGACCCUGUACUCUUGUCUUGAAUUACUUUAUUCUACGCUUGAAUUUGGGUAGGUUAGCAAUCCUGGCCAUUUCUCAUCCUGGUCAAUUUUAAACGCUAUAACAAAAUGAAAUAAAAAAUGUUACAACUUGUGACUUACAAGACUUACAUUGUUUCUGGCUUUUAACGCAGCCAGCUGUGAUAUUUAUUUGUCAUAAACCUGACUUUGAUUUCAGAAUUGUUAUUUAUUAUUUACAUGGUGUUGUUAUACAUUUUGUAUAUACUUGACUAAAGUGUGGGCCCAAUACCAUGUACACAAAUAAAAUUGACGAAAUCACAAGGCGAACAUCACUUCUGUCGAAAAGUCAUUCAUUUUGCGGUGAAUAUGACCAUCAAUGGAUGUUGUCAUCAUCAAUGUUGUCAAAAACAACCAGACUUUUCUGUUUGACAAAAAGAACAACCUCUUCAAUAAUACUCUUCUCGUUCAUUUUAAGCUUGCGAAUUGGUCGUCUUUGUUAAGAAAAUAAAAUGUUAACGUAUCGUGUCAUUUCCGGCAGGGUACAUAACUAAUCGGCUUUUA